GUUGGGAAGUUCUGAAACUGAAACGGUAGGAAAGAAUUGCAAAGAAUGAGAAAAACAGGGCAGCUUGGCAUGGUCGAGGCCGUUAUGCCAUGGUGAUGGCGAUAUUACGGGAAAGCAUCAAAACAACAAACUCACGAUAAUGCUUGCGGGCUGAGCAUCACGGUCUAGAACUUCCUCACCAGGAGAAACAGAUGCGAUAAGAAGAAGAAAUGAACUUUUUUUUUAGUCUGGAUUCUGCUACAUGUCUCUGCUUUGAGCAUGGCCGAGAACGUGCAGAGACUCCAAAAGUCUGGACCGUCCGUUCUCGCUGGCUGAGCGAAUGUCUCACAGCGCCCUUGUUGCUUGGGAUACCGCCCCAUGCAGCCGCAAGCGUGCUGAGAGCAUUCCCCAGCUCUCGCUCCCCCAGAUCACAGGACGAGGGGAAAAUAGCGUUUGGUAUUUCUCGCGUGCGGCAAUGCCCAUUACAGGGAUGUUUUGCGGUGCAUGCUCGAGGCAGAAUUCCGAGAACGGCUGCGAGGGCUUCGACAGACUUUGGCACUAGCCCUCGGGGCAUGGCCAGCAUCCGCGUCCGUAACUCUUGCAAAUCCGCAUUUACAAUGUUACAAUUUCGAGCUUCUUUCGGUUUGGCCGAAGACGUUGGCCAUCCGGAUCUAGUGUACAAGUUCCAUGUUCUUUGGUACCGGCAGAUGGGGCAGCAUGGACGUCAUAUUUGCUGGGGCCCGGUGUGGGUGGAUAUUCUUAUUUUCGUAGCUUCAUGGUGAGACCUCAAAUCCCCAUUAUUUCCUCCGCCGCCUACCACCAACCCUAUUUUUCCUGCUGGCGAAUGUUCUGGGUAGUCUAAUCAUGACAACUGAACGCAGAUAAAGUUAAAUAGGCUUGCCCUCCAUCUUCCAAUCCUUUG